AUUCGAUUAUUUUUCAAAAUGGUUCAGCUCUCUUCCAUAUCCAUCUUAAAGUCUACUUACUAGAAGGCCAAAAGUGGCACCACAAGUAGAAAAGACAAAUGCACCCUUGUUGUUUACUAGUGCACAGAAUUGUCCUACUCGUGAGGACAAAGAGCGUGCUCGUACAUGGACCUCACGCUGGGUAUCAAGGAUAUUGAAUAAAUGCUCCACCAAGUAUUGCAAAAUGUACAUAGCUGGUGAGUGACUCCAUGCAACUAAACUUCCUUGUGUGUUUUCAAAUCCAGGCGUUGGAAAUGAUGAUUCCGAGCUGAGCAACCGCGUUUGGAUACUUUGGAAGUGAGAGCCGUGUGUGGUGUGAAAGCGUAUGAAAUGCCAUCAUGGAGGAUGGGGAGCGCCCCCUCGCCCCCUUUCUUUUUUUUUUCUUGGGAGGGGAGCUUUUCUUAUUCAAAAGAGGCCCACAAAAGACUUCCAGUGAGCCUUGCCACAUCCCCAUCUGACUCGGGGGCCAUUCAUCAGCCCCGCAAGCCUAUCAAUGACAUGUCCCCAUCAGGGCUCCUAUAAAAUCAGCCCCUUUUCCCAUGAAACAUCAGCAAACAUUUUGACGGCUCUGCCUUUGCCCCCGCUGGAUUUCUGGAGGACCCUCCAAAACACCCCCCCUACCCACCCACCCACUACGGUUCCCCACCAUUCCCCACCCACACGUACCCACACUCGCUCGCUCUCUAUCUCUCUCUCGUCCACUAAGAGUCUCAGCAUCUUCCCUCCGACGGCCAGUGGUCGCGGAGACGGCAAGCCGGGCGAGGAUAGAGAGCAGGUGGAGGAGGAGGAGGAGGAGAGAGGAAAGUGGCAGCCGUUUUCUACCGGGAGGAGUGCUGGAUGGGAAGAGGAUGCACUGCGGGCUGCUGGAGGAGCCUGACAUGGAUUCCACAGAGAGCUGGAUCGAGCGAUGCCUCAAUGAGAGCGAGAGCAAGCGUUACUCCAGCCACAUGUCCUUGGGCAACAUGUCCACCGAUGAGCACGAAGAAAAAGAAAAUAACCGGGCCUCCAAACCGCAUUCGACACCUGCCACUCUUGAAUGGCUGGAGGAGAACUACGAGAUCGCUGAAGGCGUGUGCAUCCCGAGAAGCGCUCUCUACAUGCACUACCUCGACUUCAGCGAGAAGCACGACACGCAGCCAGUCAACGCGGCCAGCUUCGGGAAGAUUAUCAGACAACAGUUUCCAGCACUAACCACCAGACGACUCGGCACGAGGGGGCAGUCAAAGUACCACUACUAUGGCAUCGCAGUGAAGGAGACGUCGCAGUACUACGACGUGAUGUACUCCAAGAAGGGCGCGGCCUGGGUGAAUGAGGCGGGCAAGAAGGAGGUGACCAAGCAGACAGUGGCGUAUUCACCACGCUCCAAGCUGGGGACGCUGCUGCCAGAGUUCCCAAAUGUCAAAGACCUCCAUUUGCCUGCCAGCUUGCCAGAGGAGCGGGUGUCAACCUUCAUCAUGAUGUACAGAACACACUGCCAGAGGAUACUGGACACGGUCAUCCGGGCCAACUUUGACGAGGUCCAAAGCUUCCUGCUGCACUUCUGGCAAGGCAUGCCGCCCCACAUGCUGCCCGUGCUCAGCUCGCCCACCGUAGUCAACAUCGUCGGAGUGUGCGACUCCAUCCUCUACAAGGCCAUCUCCGGGGUACUGAUGCCCACCGUCCUCCAAGCGUUGCCUGACAGUUUGACACAGGUGAUCCGGAAAUUUGCCAAACAAUUAGAAGAGUGGCUCAAAAUCGCCCUUCACGACCUCCCGGAGAACCUGAGGAACAUCAAAUUUGAGUUGUCUAGGAGAUUCUCGCAAAUCCUCAAGCGGCAAACGUCCCUAAACCAUCUGUGUCAGGCAUCGCGCACUGUGAUAAAUAGCGCCGACAUCACCUUCCAAAUGUUGGAGGACUGGAGGAAUGUGGACCUGAACAGCAUCACCAAGCAGACGCUGUACACCAUGGAGGACUCGCAGGAGGAGCAUCGGCAGCUCAUCAUCCACUUGUACCAGGAGUUUGAUCGUCUCUUGGAGGAGCAAUCGCCCAUUGAGGCCUACAUUGAGUGGCUCGAUUCCAUGGUGGAUCGCUGUGUCAUCAAGGUGUCUGGGAAGAGGCCCGGCUGCCUGAAGAAGAUGGCCCAACAGUUCCUGUUGAUGUGGUCCUGCUUUGGGACCAGAGUCAUUCGUGAUAUGACGCUCCACAGCGCCCCCAGCUUUGGCUCCUUCCACCUGAUCCAUCUCAUGUUUGACGACUACGUCCUAUACCUGCUGGAGUCGCUACACUGCCAGGAGAGGGCCAAUGACCUCAUGAGGGCCAUGAAAGGCGAAGGCGGCACAGAGCAAGACGAAGGGUUCACGCUGACCGAAAUAACCGCCACCUCCUCGCCGUCCCCGGGUGCCUACUCGCCCGCCCGCUCCGUCCACUCCGCCGCCGUGUCAUCGUCCUCGCCCGCAGCCGACACGUCGCCUGAGUACCCGUCCAGCACAGGCGCCGUUCAGUCAUAUACGUGGUCCCUUACAUACACAGUGACAACGGCAGGAGGUUGCGCACCCGACGCCGGCCAGCAGCUGUCCUGCAUGAGAAGCAGCAGCGCCGCCGGCACGACGCCACCGCCGCCCUCCUCCGCCCAUCGGCUGCCUGUCUACGCCCACAGAGAGGAGCAUGGAUACACGGGCAGCUACAACUAUGGCAGCUAUGCCAACCAGCAUCCUCACGCCAUCCAGAGCCAGUACCCAGGGCUGAGCCACGACGCCACCAUCCCGGCACCGCUCCACUACUCCGCCUACCACCGCUCAUCCGCACAGUACCAAUUCAACGGUCAGAUGUCCCGCAUGGAUCCGUGUCUGAUGAGUAGCACUCCCCGACUGCACCCUGCGCCUGUGACCCCCCGCUGGCCGGAUAUGUCCUCAGUCAACGGCUGCUACGGUAGCCCGCCUGUGCACUCGGCGCGCUACGCCACGUCGGGGGACGUGUACUCACCCCUGGUCCCGCGCAGGAACUCCGAGUACGAGCACUCGCAGCAUUUCCCUGGCUUCGCCUACAUCAACGGAGAGGCCACCGCCACCGGCUGGGCCAAGUAGCCUUCAUGAACACUUUGAACUGUAAAGGACACCCAUUGUUCAGUCAAGGUGUGAGGACACUGACAGGACAAUAUGUCAAUCAUGUAUGGGAUUAGUGCGGCGGCGUUUCUACACUUCCGACCCUUUUUCUUUGUCCAUCCAUCCCUAGAAAUCUGGGAAAUCAUGUACAGUUUCAUGAAAAAAUAUCUGCCCCCUUCCGGCGUUCAAAGGGUUUUUUUUGGGGUUUAUUCAUCACACUUAAAGGUGGUGUUUACAGUCUCGAAGCUUUGUGCAAGAUUUGAAUGUAGCCUCACCUUUCACACACACACACACACACACACACACGCACACAUGCACAAAACUUUUCCCCACUCCUCCCCUGGGCCUUUCUGCCCACAGAAAUGCCCCCAGCUCCCUAACGUGUAUGCGGGGCAGCACACCAACAUAGCUCCGAUGCUCAUGUGCCCUUCUCGUGAUGAAGUAUCGCCAAAAACAAAAUAUUACCGCUUUGAUGUUGAAUUUCUUUGAAUUUUUUUCCCUACCAUGAGCUUUAAACACAUUUUAACAUCUUAAGACUUUUUAAAAUAUUCCUUAGCGUCUGUUCUCAAUCUCACUUGCAGUGUUUGCAUACAUGAUAACCUUCAAUCGACUGCUACGUCAACUCACGUGGCAGCAACACUUACAAACAAGGUUUUUGUUCUUUUUUUCACAUAGGGCCACAUUAAGAUUUUUGUCUCCUCCGUAUUUAAU